UCAACAUAAUCACCAGAAAACCAAAAAGAAAUACCGACAAAACAAAACCAACAAAAAGAAAAUUGGGAUGGGGAGUCGAUCUCAACAGAUCAACGAACAUCAUCAGCACGAAUUGUUUGUUGUCUCUGACGUCAACAGGCCUUUGGUCAGGCGGCGCUGCUAACACACACCUAACUAAAUGCUGCACGCUGUCCUUCUCUAAUCCUGACUGCAAUCCCUCCUCUCUCAACUAAUCUACUACUUUUUUCCCUUUUUGUUGCGUCGCCACUCGCCACUCAGCCGCCAACUCGCCAUCCACCACCACCUCCUGCCCCCCCGGCCCCCGAAAAAGGUCCAGGAAUUCGAGGACACUUGCUCCUCCUCGGCGAUGGCCACGCCCGGAUCCUUCCCGAAAUCCUAGCACAUGUACGGCAAUUUAUUGUUUUUUUUUUCCUUUCCAAAAGGAAGGAUUCCAUUCCGUUCCGUGGUUUGGAUUUGCCAUCAAGCAAAGGCAAAGCUUGUCCCGUGAUCUUCUUGUACCUUGGCGAGCCGUGCGACGGAUUGGUUGAUCCAAGGAUAAUGAGCGGCGGCAAUUCUUCGUGGCUGAUGCCGCCGCCGCCGCCCGCGUCGGCGCUCGACAACGUGGAGAGCGAGAUAAGCCCCAGCAUCCCCUUCAUCGUGGCGAUCCUGGCGAUCGUCUUCUUCGUGUGCGGCCUGCUGCACCUGCUGGUGCGCCACCUGCUGCGGCUGCGCCGCCGCCGCCGCGCGCGGGAGGACGCGGACAGCGUCACGGCGUUCCAGGGCCAGCUGCAGCAGCUCUUCCACAUGCACGACGCCGGCGUGGACCAGGCCUCCAUCGACGCGCUCCCGGUGUUCCUCUACGGCAGCGUCGUCGUCGGCGGGGGCGGGGGCGGGCAGGGCAAGGCCAAGGCCAAGGACCCGUUCGACUGCGCCGUGUGCCUGUGCGAGUUCUCGCCCGACGACCGGCUCCGGCUGCUGCCCCAGUGCAGCCACGCGUUCCACCUCGAGUGCAUCGACACGUGGCUGCUGUCCCACUCCACCUGCCCGCUCUGCCGCCGGAGCCUCCUCGCCGACCUCUCGCCGACGUUGUCCAGCCCCGUCGUGGUGGUGCAGCUCGGGUCCGGGAGCGCCCGCGACAUGGCCGCGUCGGCGGAUGGGACCACCCACGACGAUGCCGACGACGGCGAGCCAAGCGACCGGGCCACGCCGGCGCAGGAGGUGGUCGAGGUGAAGCUGGGGAAGUUUGUGUGCGUCGAAGGCAACAGCGGCAGCGCGAGCGCCACCGCCGCCGACGCAGCAGCUGACGGAGCAGGCACCAGCGGCGAUGGCGACGGCGGUGCCAGUGCAGAGGAAGGUCUCGGGCAGAGAAGGUGCCACUCCAUGGGGUCCUACGAGUACGUCAUGGACGACCGCGCCUCGCUCCGCGUGGCGAUCAAGCCGGGACCCAAGAAGAAGCCCGCGGCCUCCAAGUCGCGCCGCCGAGGCGCCAUGUCGGAGUGCGAGUUGGGCGCGUCCAAGCGCGGGGAGACCUCGCUCCGCCUGCCAUUCCCAGCAACGGUGCCCAAGCAGCAGCAGCAGUCCGACUCCGACGCGACCAUGUCGAAGCUCGCCAAGGACAGCUUCUCGGUGUCGAAGAUCUGGAUGGUGCCGUCGUCCAAGAAAGACCCCGACGCGGCCGGCGAGAGGCGCGCGGUGUCGUUCCGGUGGCCGGUGAGGAGCAAGGACGAGGGAGACGGCAGGAGCCGGAAGAGCGGGAGCGAGGCCGACUGGGACGUGGAGGCCGGGAGCGGCGGCGGCGGCAACAGCGCCGCGUCGUCGCUGGCGGAGGAGAGGCCCUCCUUCGCCCGGAGGACCCUGCUCUGGGUCGUCGGAGGCCGGCAACAGAGCAGAGUCGGGAGCUGUUCAUGAACGGCGCGCCACUGUUUGAAAGACACACAGAACAAAGGCAAACGAAUUCUUUUGUGCUCUUUUGGCACAUUGGUAAGUGCGAGUAGUGAUUGCAAUAGCUAGAAAUUUGUAAAACAGGAAAGACUCUGAAAAAAAUAUUCUUUCUUUCGCUUU